UUCUUCCUCUUGAUCUGUUUGUGAUUACAGUGCAUUUGUUGCACACAGCCAUGAUUCACGUAAUUCAGCGCGUGCGAGAGAGAUGUAAUUAAUUAUCCAUGCAGACAUGCAGACAACGAUGUGAUUUCAGCCCGAACGUUAUAUAUUGUCUUUACGGAUCACGAACUUUAUUGCGAAGACGUGAAUUGGACGAUCAAUUUAGGCCCUGAUGUAUUCAUAAUUCGAAAAAAAAAAACCAGCAACCAUUUGUACGCGCACCGCACACCAAACAAACAACAAAGCAGCAAACUGUACAAAAGACACAUACAACUAGAUUUACAAAAAAAAAUCAUAAAUCCCAACAACAAAACAGAUCAAAUUUAAAAGUGGUGCAUUGGUACGGAAUACCAUACGGAAAAUAUGUUUAAAAACUUCCGUUCAAUAUGUCUGAUGUAAAAGCCGAUAAUAUUAUGAGAGAAAUGCCUGCUGCUGUAUCUGGUUUGAAGCGUCUCCGUCAAUUAGAAUCAAUAAUCAUCGAAAAUGGUGCGUCUAGCGUUCUAUUAAGCACAAGCGGCAGCAAUAACGAUGAAAAAUGUACCAAUGCAUCGCUAAAUGUCAAUCCAGGUAAAACAUUAUCGGUUGAGGCGCUACUUGAUGCCCUAAUUGUGCUCUACGAUGAGUGCUGUAAUUCAUCGCUGCGGCGCGAAAAAACUGUCAACGAUUUCAUUGAAUUGGUCAAACCGGUCAUUCAAUUAAUCAAAAAUUUACGCUUGAGCCGUGAUGAUUUUGAGGUGCUGAAAGUGAUUGGGCGCGGUGCGUUUGGCGAAGUAUGUGUCGUUCGGAUGACAUCCACCAAUCAAGUGUUUGCCAUGAAAAUUUUAAACAAAUGGGAAAUGCUUAAGCGAGCUGAAACGGCUUGUUUUCGGGAAGAGCGAGACGUUUUAGUAUAUGGCGAUAAGCAAUGGAUCACGAAUUUGCACUAUGCUUUUCAAGAUGAAACCAAUUUGUAUCUUGUAAUGGACUACUACUGCGGUGGUGAUCUAUUGACAUUAUUGAGCAAAUUCGAAGAUCGUUUGCCCGAAGACAUGGCCCGAUUUUAUAUCACCGAAAUGGUGCUUGCUAUAGCAAGCAUUCAUCGAUUGCGUUAUGUGCAUCGUGACAUAAAACCGGAUAAUUUAGUAUUAGAUGUAAGUGGACACAUUCGCUUGGCCGAUUUUGGAUCGUGUUUGAAAUUAGGUGCAAACGGAACUGUGCAAUCGAAUGUAGCGGUCGGUACACCCGAUUACAUUUCACCCGAAAUAUUGCGUGCCAUGGAAGAUGGACAGGGUCGUUAUGGGCCGGAAUGUGAUUGGUGGUCGUUGGGCGUAUGCAUGUAUGAAAUGCUAUACGGUGAAACGCCAUUUUAUGCCGAAAGUCUUGUGGAAACCUAUGGAAAAAUUAUGAAUCAUAAAAAUUGCUUUGAUUUUCCCGCCGACGAAGGCACCGACUAUCAAGUUAGCGAAAAUGCAAAAGAUUUAAUGCGACGAUUAAUUUGCCCGCCCGAAUUUCGGCUGGGACAAAAUGGUAUCGAUGAUUUCAAAUCGCAUGCAUGGUUUGAAGGUGUCGAUUGGGAAAAUAUUCGAUUGGGACAAGCGCCAUAUAUACCUGAAGUAUCAAGUCCAACGGAUACAUCAAAUUUUGAUGUCGAUGAUAAUGAUGUACGUUUAUCGGAUGCUGUACCACCAGCAGCAAACCCAGCGUUUAGCGGUCUUCAUUUGCCGUUCAUCGGUUUCACAUUUACACAAUCGAGUUGUUUGUCGGACGUUGGUAAAAUAACGCGAACCAAUGAAAUACAAAAUGAUAUUACACAAAAUGAAUCGGAUGCGGUUGACAAUAACAUUGAUAUACAUUCAAGUUCAGAAGCAUUGCGUCAUUAUAAAGAACAAAUUGAUUCAUUGACCGAACGAAAUCGUGAACUUGAGAGUAAAGUUAAAGUACUCGAAUUGAAUGAAACACAAUUGAAGGCUGUAUCAAAUGCGGCGGCCGAUGCACAGGCAAAUGGUCAACUCGAGGCUAAAAUCAAAGAAUUGGAAAAAUUGGUGCGUCAAUUGAAUACGGAAAAAGAGGAUUUGGUACGUGAUCGCAGCGAAUCACAUGAUCGCCUCAAUGUUCAGGAUAAAGAAUUAAAUGAUGCACUUAGUCAACGGAAAAUUGCAAUGGCCGAAUAUGCUGAAGUUACCGAUAAACUCUCUGAGCUACGAAAUCAAAAGCAAAAAUUGUCGCGUCAAGUACGUGACAAAGAGGAGGAGCUCGAAAAUGCAAUGCAUAAAAUUGAUACGCUUCGCAAUGAUAUGCGCAAAAUGGAGAAGAGCCGUCGGGAAUAUGAGAGUCGGAUCGAAGACGUUAUUGCGGAAGCAACAAAGGAACGCAAACUAAGAGAACGAUCCGAAGAGUAUUGUCGACAGUUACAAAUGGAGGUCAGAUCUCGAACUACAUCCGAUCUAGGCUCAUCUUCUUCAUUGGGAAUGUCAUCGGAUUCAUCACGAAUGGAAGUUGAACGAUUGGAAGUGCAAUUUAGUGAAAAAUUGAAUCAACAACAGGCACGCUAUAACAUCGAAUUGACGGCAUUGCGUGAGCAAUUGCUUGAGGCAGAAUCACAACGCGACAUGAUGCAGCGCGAAAUGCAACAAAUGCGUGAAAAAUUGGAUUCAUCUCGCCUUGAAUCGAUUACCGAUUCCGAAGAGACAAUUUCGGAGUUACGUAAACGUCACGAGCGUGAAAUGAAAAUAUUACUUGACGAUAACCGUAAAUUAAUCAAUGAGUUGGAUGUUGUAAGCGAAACAAAUCGUCGCAUGCAAAAUGAACGGCUACAAAUUGAAAACGAUUACGAAGAGCUUCGUAGCAAACGACAAGCAAUUCAUCAAUGGGAACGGCAAAUAUCUGAAGUUGUACAAUGGAUAUCCGAUGACAAUGAUGCCAGAGCAUAUUUACAAGCACUGGCUGCUAAAAUGAGCGAAGAACUCGAUUAUAUCAAGCACUCAGGUUCACUGCAUCAGCAUACGUCGGACAAAAAUUGGCGUAAUCGUCGUUCACAAAAAUUAGAUAAAAUGGAAUUAUUGAAUUUGCAGAGCUCAUUGCAAAGUGAAAUACAGGCUAAGGCAGCCAUAUCAGAAGAACUUAGCCGAACUCGAGCCGAUUUGAUAGCAGCACAAAAAGAUCUACGCGAAACGAGACAACGAUUCGAUUCAGUAGGCGGUGAAAUAAAGCGAAAAGACAACCAAAUCCGUGAACUGCAGCAAAGGCUAGAAGUAAACGAAGGCUCGCACAUUUCUGGAAGAUCGAUGAAUGCGUGGCUAUCGAAAACCACAAAUGUCCUUGAGAGACCGUCGUCACAGAUGUCGUAUCUGGAUCAUUUCCUUAAAGAAUCGGGCAGCACGACAAAUACCACGCACACCACAUCAUCAACCAUUGCUAUUAAUAUGCUACCGUCAUCGAAUUCGAUAUCACAACCAUUUCAAGCAAAUCUUCAAAAUCAAUCGUCAACCAGUUCAUCAUCGAACAACAUCCACAGUCAGCAUUAUCAAUCUCAAACAUAUGCAAAUCAACAGCCAACGCCACAAGCACAACAAAAAUUGAUUCAACCACAAACACCACAACAACAUGCGAAUACAAAUCCAUUUACGCAACCACAAAUGAUGUUACACCGUUCCGGCUAUUCAAUGGAAAGUGAAGAAGGUGACAUUGAUGAUAAUCCAAUACACAGUUUAUCCAGCUCAAAGAGUAAUUUGAGCGAAAAUUCACUGGAUCAACAUAGUGUACAUAGUACAAUGAUUCAAAAGCCGAAAAUGCAUCAAUUUUUGGUGCGAACGUUCAGCAGCCCAACCAAAUGCAAUCAUUGUACAUCGUUAAUGGUUGGUCUGACGCGACAGGGUGUUGUUUGUGAACUGUGCGGUUUUGCAUGUCAUACUGUUUGUUGUCAGAAAGUUCCUACCACGUGUCCGGUGCCAUCCGAUCAAACAAAACGACCACUUGGAAUUGAUCCAACACGUGGCAUUGGCACCGCAUACGAAGGAUAUGUCAAAGUACCCAAAAUGGGCGCAGUUAAACGUGGCUGGGUCCGUCAAUUUGUUGUUGUUUGUGAUUUUAAACUAUUUCUGUACGAUAUAACAGCCGAUCGAAGCGCAUUGCCAAGUGUGCAUGUGUCACAGGUAUUAGAUAUGCGAGAUCCAGAAUUUGCUGUAACUGGUGUACGUGAAAGUGAUGUCAUCCAUGCGGCUAAGAAAGAUGUUCCAUGCAUUUUCCGAAUUACGACAUCGUUGAUCGAUGGUGGUCUUCCAUCACAUACACUGAUGUUGGCCGACACCGAAUCGGAAAAGGCAAAAUGGGUGGUCGCACUAAGCGAAUUGCAUCGCAUUCUGAAGCGUAACAAUUUACCAAAUACAGCCAUAUUCCGUGUGCGUGAAGUAUUGGACAGUAGUUUGUCGGUGCUUCGUGGUGCUCAAAGUGCGCUUAUCAUCGAUCCAGACAGAAUACUACUUGGCACCGAAGAUGGCCUGUUCUGUUUGGAUUUAGAUCGAAGUGAAAUGGCGCGCAUUGGCGAAAGUAAGAAAAUAAUUCAGUUAUGGCACAUCGUUGAGGAGCAAAUAUUGGUGGUGUUGUGCGGUAAACAACGGCAUGUUCGUUUGUUACCAAUUCGAGCACUUGAAGCGACUGAUGUUGAAUGGAUUAAGGUGAUCGACUCAAAGAACUGUAUAACAGCGUGCAUUGGCAUAAUUCGUCGAAAUCCUCAGCCGGUUUAUUGUAUUUGUAUUGCAUUAAAACGACCAAAUAAUCAAACGCAAAUCAUUGUCUAUGAAGUGAAUCGGAAUCGAACGCGUCAUCAUAAGAUGUGCGAAUUCACCGUUGCUUAUCCAGUACAAGGUCUUCAAAUUUUGUCUGACAUGCGAUUGGCGGUUGGACAUCAAAGUGGUUUCACAGCAUAUUUCCUGCAGGGUGAAGCACAAGCAAUGUCCUUAGUACAUCCAGAGAAUCAAUUAUGCGCUUUUCUUAAUUACUCGGGCGUUGAUGCGUGGCGAGUUAUCGAGAUUCCAGGCCAUGGCGAAUUCUUGCUUGUAUUUCAAACGCUUGCUAUUUAUGUAGACCUUCAAGGGCGCAAAUCUCGUGAUAGAGAAAUUAUGUAUCCUGCAUUACCAACACACAUAACUUAUUGUGAUGGUCAUUUACUAGUCUUUUCCGAAACACAUUUGGAUAUCUUCAAUACACAAACAGCCGAUUGGGUUCAAUCAAUUGGAUUGAAACGAUCACGUCCAUUAAGUAACCAUGGUAAUGUGGCUGUUACAUAUAUUAACGAUCAAGCCAUGGUCAUCUAUUUGGCUAAUAUGCACACAAGGGAGUUAAUUAACACUCAAGGCGACCGAGAAGGUCGAGUGAAACCAAAACGACGAUUUUCGUUGAGGGAAACCAAUAAUCGACCGGCAAGAACAACGGAUCGACGAUCGAAAUUGAUUUCAGCGCCAACGAAUUUCAAUCAUAUAUCACAUAUGGGGCCCGGCGAUGGUAUACAAAAGCAACGACUAUUGGAUUUACCAACGACCAUUGAAACGGCCGAUCAAACGAACCAAAGAGUUUCAACAUCAAUGAGACACGCUCCGGCACCACCACGACAAGCACAACGGCCUAUUUUACCAUACAACGGUGCUAAACGAGCUGCACCGCAACGACCGCGUGAACAACCACCAUCUCUACCAAGAUCACCUAGUCCAUUGGGUAGUAUGUCCAGUCUUCAUGACGUUUUGAAGGUCGUUGAUAUGCAGUCGACUGGUGGAUCUCGUCACAGUGUUGCCAGUAAUUCGAGUUCCGUAUCAAGUCCACCGUCACCAUCACCCCCUUCGAACGAUCGUCUCAGCUCAUCAUAUGACUCCUAAGUCACAUUCAAAUAGGUACAUUUCUCCUAAUCUCUCCCAUCACGCCCAACCUCGCCAACGAUUGUGCUUGUGUGUCGUGUUUUCAUUGAACUGUUUAGAUUUAAAUUCACACAUUUCAAACAAUAUGGGAAAAUACAAAAUAAACCAUGAAACUAACAAAUGCCAUCCAUCAUACAUCAAUUCAAAUGACCAAUCAAAAACGGAACGAGAACAAACCUAGUGAGAUAGAGAGAGAGAGAAAGAGAAAGGAAAAAACAAUUUACAAAAUUAUUUCUGUCAACAUUUCAAUAAUAUGUAAAGGAAUGUGAAAUAAGCAACAGCAGCAAGUAUUUCGGUUAGAUAUACACACAGAACAAAAAAAAAACUAUUAAUUAUACAAUUCAAAAAGCAAAAAUCAAUUUCAAUUAUUAAAAUAUUUAUUACAAUAAAAUACGAUUAAACAAACAAAAAUACCCAAUGAUAUCAUAUUCGCAUUCAAAAAAAUCAUCAUAAACAGCAAAAUGUAAUUCACGCUCGUCGAAAAUGAUCGAUAAAACUAAAAUCAAUGAACGAUAACGAAAAUAAGUGAAAAAACCGACAAAAAUAGUUUAACUUGCUACAAAAUCGAAUAUCGUACACAGAAUAGAGAAAUAGAUGUAUACAACAAAUUUAUAUGACAAAAAUGAAACAAAAAGAAAGCGACAAACGAUUUUCACUGAAAAUGCAUCAAAAAAACAAUACAUAUAUAAAAA